GCUUUUGAAGAAAAUCUUAGUGAGAUAGCAUAUACCAAUUCAGGGACAAGAUUGAUAUGCAACUUGGUUUCUAAUUUUACAUCAGGAGAUGGCUUCUCUUCAAGAUAUUGGUAUGUCAGCAGCUAUCAAUAUCUUAUCAGCAUUGUCGUUCCUUGUUGCUUUCGCACUCCUGAGGCUUCAACCAAUAAACGAUAGAGUAUACUUCCCCAAGUGGUAUCUCAAGGGAAUUAGAGGAAGCCCAACAAAAUCUGGAGGACUUGUCAAGAACGUUGUCAAUUUGGAUUUAAAGACAUACAUAAAGUUCUUAAAUUGGAUGCCUGCAGCAUUGAACAUGCCCGAACCCGAGCUUACAGAGCACGCUGGACUUGAUUCUACUGCGUUCAUGCGGAUUUAUCUACUUGGCCUGAAAAUUUUCAUCCCCAUAACCUUGCUUGCUUUUGUCGUUCUGGUGCCUGUCAAUUGGACGGGUAAUACAUUGGAAAGAAUAAAAGAUUUAACUUUCAGCAACAUUGACAAACUUUCAAUAUCCAAUGUUCCACCCGGAUCAAACAGGUUUUGGGCUCAUUUGUUGAUGUCGUAUGUCUUCUCAUAUUGGACAUGCUAUGUCUUAUAUUAUGAAUACAAGACGAUAGCUUCAUUGAGGCUUCGAUAUUUAGCAUCUGAAAAUCGACGUCCAGAUCAAUUUACUGUUCUUGUGAAGAAUGUUCCUCCUGAUCCUGAUGAGUCAGUCAGUGAGCAUGUUGAGCAUUUCUUCUGUGUAAAUCAUCCCGAUCAUUAUCUUAUGCAUCAUGUUGUAUAUAAUGCAAAUAAUCUUGCAAAGUUGGUUGCAAAGAAAAAGAGCCUGCAGAAUUGGCUUGUAUAUUACCAAAAUAAGCAUGAGAGACAUCCUACAAAGAAGCCCACCACAAAGACAGGUUUGUGGGGCCUCUGGGGAAGUAGAGUGGAUGCAGUUGGCUAUUAUACUGCUGAGAUUAGUAAGUUAAACCAAGAGGAAAAUGCAGAAAGAGAAAGGGUUGCCAGUGAUCCAACGGCUACAGUGCCUGCAGCAUUUGUUUCUUUUAAAACACGAUGGGGAGCAGCUGUUUGUGCUCAAACUCAGCAAUCGAGUAAUCCUACAAUCUGGCUGACAGAGUGGGCUCCUCAGCCACGUGAUGUCUUUUGGGACAAUCUUGCAAUUCCAUAUGUUGAACUUAGUGUCCGAAGAUUGCUCAUGGCUAUUUGCCUUUUUCUUCUAACUUUCUUUUUUAUGAUUCCUAUAGCAUUUGUUCAGUCUCUAGCCAACAUUGAGGGGAUAAUGAAGGUUCUUCCUUUCUUGAAGCCACUAAUAGAGAAGAAGGUUGUGAAGUCUGUUAUCCAAGGAUUUCUUCCCGGAAUAGUAUUAAAGAUAUUCCUUAUUCUGCUUCCGACAAUUCUCAUGACUAUGUCAAGAAUAGAAGGAUUUACAUCGUUGUCUUCUCUGGAGAGGAGAUCAGCUGAGAAGUAUCAUUUGUUCAUACUUGUCAAUGUGUUUCUUGGAAGCAUUGUUACUGGCACAGCAUUUCAGCAGCUUGAGAAAUUCAUUAAUGAGCCUUCAACAGAAUUUACUAAAACUAUUGGUGUGUCCAUCCCAAUGAAAGCCACUUUCUUCAUGACUUAUGUAAUGGUUGAUGGUUGGGCUGGGGUUGCUGCAGAGAUCCUUAGAUUGGUUCCAUUAGUUAUGUUCCACCUUAAGAACACAUUUUUGGUUAAGACAGAGGAAGACAGGGAGCAAGCAAUGGAUCCUGGUUGCUUGGACUUUGCUACAUCAGAACCUAGGAUACAGUUAUAUUUCUUGAUUGGACUUGUGUAUUCUGUUAUUACACCUGUACUGCUUCCUUUUAUUGUGGUCUUCUUUGCAUUUUCAUACAUGGUUUUUCGUCAUCAGAUUAUCAACGUUUAUGACCAAAAAUAUGAAAGUGCAGCAGCCUUCUGGCCACAAGUUCAUAAGCGUGUAAUUACAGGGUUAAUUAUAUCUCAACUUCUUCUGAUGGGAUUGUUUAGCACUAAAGGUGUUGCAAAGUCAACAUUGUUGCUUAUUGCACAACCAAUUAUGACAUUCUGGUUUCAUAGAUUAUGCAAGGGACGUUUUGAAACUGCAUUCAUGAAACUUCCAUUACAGGAAGCAAUGGUGAAGGACACACUUGAAAAGGCUACAGAACCAAACCUCAACUUGAGAGCCUAUCUUAAGGAUGCUUACGUACAUCCUGUCUUCAAAGGUGGAGAGUUAGAGAGACCCGUUGCCAUUGAUGAAGAAGAGAACAGCCCCCUUGUGGCCACUAAAAGGAACUCUUAUCGGAGUAGUAGACAUGAUUCUGAUGCCAGUUCUGAAGUUGGUGUAUGAAUUUAGAUGUAUUAACCACUGACAAAUAGUCAUCAUGCUAACUCUCUUUAUUUUCUCUUCUUCAAAACUUGGAACAUACUUCUGUUUUUUUGUUCAUUAACAUGAUUAAUGGUGAGAAAUGAGAACAGUGAUACAAGGAAAUGCGCCUGCUUUUUCAGUUUAUAGGCUAGUUUCCACUUCCCAGAAACUAUUUUUUUCCCUUCUCCAUUUUUAUUUCUUCCUCAAAUUCCUGAAACAUUUAUAAAGUUUAGAAUAUGUAGUCACUUUGUAAUUGAACUUUAUUGGUCACCAGAUUGCUUUAGGGGUAGCCCAAGGCUUGGCUUCUCUUUCUAUU